AUGGUGGUGUCGGGUCUUCCGGAGCGAAGGGACGACCACGCGUCGCAGAUCGCACAGAUGAGUUUGGCGCUGCUGCACAAGGUGAAGAACUUCGUGAUACGGCAUCGACCGAACGAUCAGCUCAAAUUGCGUAUCGGAAUGCAUUCCGGCUCCGUAGUGGCCGGUGUUGUCGGCUCAAAAAUGCCUCGCUAUUGUCUCUUCGGCGACACGGUGAACACCUCGAGUCGAAUGGAAAGCAAUGGACUACCACUGCGAAUUCAUGUCUCGUCGGUGACGAAGGAGAUUCUGAGCAAGGACACGGGUUUCCGAUUAGAGCUACGAGGUGAAGUCGAGAUGAAGGGUAAAGGACGGUUAACGACGUACUGGCUGAAGGGCUAUCGAGACGUGAAUAUCCCAGAUUUUGGUCCAGAAUAUCAAUGA